AUGCAAGACCAACAAGAUCUGCCCAAGAUGACCAAAGACGUGAAAGAGACUCACGAUAAGCCUGACGCGAUGGUCGGGGACAUGGAGAUAUUCCAAGACACCCGAGUCCCAAAGGGAUAUCGUGUCGCUGGCUUCACCCUUCCCGCAUACCGAGCACCAAUAACACAAUGUAUCAUCAUCGCUUUUGUUCAUCUUUUAGUUGUUGGAAUGUUCAAUGUUCUCUCUGCACUAGGAGGAGGAGGGCAAGUCGACCCUACCACUAGUAACAACGCAAACACCAUUCUAUACAGUUUGUUUUGUGCAUUUGCUUUGGUCUCUGGAUCAGUAUGCAAUUUUCUGGGACCAAAAGUCACUCUUGCAGCGGGUGGAAUUGGAUAUUCUCUUCUUUCAGCUUCUUACUGGAGUUACAACAACAAUUCGAACCAGGCAUUCGUUUACUUUGGUGGUGCUAUGUGUGGAGUGGCAGCUGCCUUUCUCUGGACCGCUGAGGGCUCGAUGAUUAUGUCUCUUCCACUGGAGAAGGAUAAAGGAAAAUAUGUCGGCAUCUUCUACGGCUUGUCGUUCUUCGGGACAGUAAUCGGUGCCAUCAUCCCGACAGUCGAAAACUGGGGCGUUACAACAGCGGGUAGCGUCAACGAUAGCACAUACAUUGCCCUAUUUGUACUGAUGCUGAUGGGAAGUGUCGUUGCAUGCUUUGUGUCGAACCCAUCGAAGGUAAUUCGCGACGACGGAUCUCGGGUCGUUGUUCCUCGUCAGACAACCUUCGUGCAAGAGUUGAAGAACGUCGUUCUGGCAUACAUUCCAUACCAGAGCAAUGAUUUCAACUCAUAUUUCUUCAACCUACGCACACGUGCGUUUGGAAGUCUAUGGUUCGACUUUGGCCAGUUCGCCAUGGCUGUGAUUCUUGGACUUUUGCUUGACUUUUCAAAACUAGGUGGUCGGCGUCGACGAGCCUUCGUUGGCUGGGGAAUUCUCUUCUUUCUAAUCAACGCAGUUUUCAUUGGAGGCGUAUUUCCUGCUCGUGCCUCACAUCGGGGUGUGUCCCCAGAGCAUCUUCUAGAUGUGCAUGAUGAAAAGGCUGCAGGUUAUAUUACACUAUACACAUUUUAUGGUGCUGUUGAUGGAGCUUGGCAGACGUUCGCUUGGUGGAUUAUGGGAGCUCUCUCCAACGAUCCGCUGGUUCUGUCUAUAUACUCUGCAUUUUAUAAGGUCUUUGGAGCAAUGGGGGCCGCGAUAGUCUUCAGUCUAGAUGUUCGUGGAAUCAGUUACCAGGCGAUGUUUGGAAGCUAUUGGGGUCUAUUAGCUGGCUCUAUGGUCUUUGUCUUAGUUUUGAUCUUCAAGCGCGUCGAGGAUACUCUUGAAGUGGGUGGUAUCCCCCAGGCUAAUGACAUGGAAAUGAGUGAGGAAGCGACCUGA